AUGUCUUUGAGUUCGACAUCCCAAGCUUAUGGCCAAAAUGAAACACUCAUUUCUUCAAUUCGUAAUAUUAUAAAGGAUUUUCCCUGUCAAAGUAUACUUAAAGAAUUCCUUCAAAAUGCCGAUGACGCUGGAGCUUCUCGGUUUCAUGUAAUCAUCGACGGACGUUCGCACCCCACCAAUUCUUUGCUUUGCGACGAAAUGAAGUCUUGGCAAGGCCCCGCCAUCUUAAUAUUCAAUAAUGCAAUGUUCAAGACAACCGACUUUGAUUCGCUUAUGCAGAUACGUGUUGGCGGAAAACAAGACGAUGAUACAAAGAUUGGAAAACAUGGGUUAGGUUUUAACUCGUGUUACCACUUUACUGAUGUUCCGAGUUUAAUAAGUGGCGAUUCUGUUGCGUUUUUGGAUCCUCAAGAGAAAUUUUUGCCAAGAAAUCAUGGCAAAACCCAACGUGGGAUUAUUGGACCUUUUCCAAAAAAUGGUAUUGGUGGUUAUUCUGAAAAGGACCAAUUGGUUCCUUAUGAACCGUUCAACUUUUCAAGGAACACUCUUUCGAAUACCACUUCGGUUACAACCAA